AUGACCCACAUUCUAGAGUCAUCUUUCAUCCAGCUCCCCGAAAACUCGGAGCAGUACAACCUUUCAAGUCAUGCAACUGGCAACGAGGCUCAUAUCGACGGUCAGCUGGAGUCGCGCUCACCGGACGAGGAGCUUCAAAUCGACGGUCAGUUGGCGACCCACUCAUUGGACGAAGGGUCGCUGGUUGAAUCCCGGCUGGCGUGCGGCGACGCAGUCGCAGCGGAAGUCGCGGAGGCGAUACUGAAGGAUCAGGUGGUUCGCAGGCUCGACCAGCUGGGAAACGUGAGCGAUUCGGCGCAUUACUUGCAGCGCACGUUUCUCAGCGACGCUUCGAUGCGCGCCGCGGCGCUCGUCAGCGAUUGGAUGGAGGAGGCCGGCAUGUACACGUGGAUGGACGCGGUUGGCAACGUGCACGGCCGAGUCGACGGGUCGCACCCCGACGCGCCUGUGCUGCUGCUCGGCUCACAUCUGGACACGGUGGUGGACGCUGGUCGGUUCGACGGCGCACUGGGCGUGGUCACGGCCAUCGCUGCAGUGAAGCUCUUCCUCACAGCGUGUGGCGCGGCGGCGCUCCCUCGCCCCGUGGAGAUCAUCGCCUUCAGCGACGAGGAGGGCAUGCGAUUCCAGUCGACUUUCCUGGGCAGCAGGGCAAUUGCGGGGAGCCUCUCAGCUGAGAUGCUGCAGAUGAAGGAUCGCGAUGGGGUGACUGUACAAGAGGCCAUUGCGUCACUUCCAGCAGCAGCAGCAGGAAAAUCGGCAGCAGCAACAGCAGCAGCAGCCGGAGGGUCGAGAGGCCUCACCAGCGCAGCAGACGGGUCAGCAGCCGUGCAGGCAGCUCGAUACCUCCCUGAGAACGUAUGGGGAUACGUGGAAGCACACUUAGAGCAAGGUCCCGUACUGGAAUCUCUAGGGCAGCCGCUGGGGGUGGUGCUGGGGAUAGCAGGGCAGACGCGGGCGGAGGUGACUAUAGUGGGCGAGCAGGGGCACGCGGGGACUGUGCCUAUGCGGCUGCGGAGAGAUGCUGUGGCUGGCGCUGCUGCUGCUGUGGUUGCUGUAGAGUCUGUUUGCCUGGGGAUGCUGAGAGAGGAGGAGGAGGAGGGGGAGGGGGAGGAGGAAGAAGAAGGGUUAGGAGGAAGAGGCUGGAGUGGUGGUAACAGCAGCAGCAGCAGCAGCAGCGGCGGCAGCGGCAGCGGCAGCAGCGGCAGCGGCAGCAGCAGCAGCAGCAGCAGCAGCAGCAGCAGCAGCAGCAGCAGUGGGAGUGAGAGAGGGAGUGGGGCAGGGAGUGGGUUGGUGUGCACGGUGGGGAAGGUGGUGGCAUGGCCGGGGGAGAGCAACGUGAUAGCAGGCAGCGUGACGUUCACUCUGGACGUGCGGACGCUAAGCAACAGCGUGAGACACGCUGCAGUAGCGGGGAUUGAGAGGGAGAUCAAGAGGAUCUGCAGCGACCGAGGGCUGUUGUGCCGGUUCGCAGUGAAGCAUGAAGCUAACACGGUGGACUGCUCGCCUCCCCUCGUCUCCAUGCUGCACCAGGCAGCAGUCAGCGCCCUCGCUGCUUCACACCACACGCCUGUCAGCAGCUCCUUCACUGCGUCACACCCCGCCCCAAUAGCCACUGCUGCUGGUCGUGAUGCUGCUCCUGCGCAUCACGCUGCUGCUGCAGCCGAAGCUGCUAGUGGGUUCCAGUGUGCCGCGACUGGCAGCGGCGGUGGCAGCAAAAACAGCUGUGAAGCGACUGGCAGCGGCGGUGGCAGCAAAAACAGCUGUGAAGCGACUGAUGGGUGCACGAGGGGCGAGUGUGGGGCCCGAGGACGGCAAGGGGAGGACGGGCGGCAAGGGGAGCAAGGGAGGCAAGGGGAAGAAGGGCGGCAAUGGCAACCGGUUCCUCAACUUGUCAGCGGGGCAGGACAUGAUGCCAUGGCAAUGGGAGAUCUCACCCAGGUGAGGAAUGGUGAUGAGGGGUGGUGA